UGCGAGGACAUAGAGACAUCGCUAUGUGACCUGAUGAUGAACAGGUUGCCAGAAAUGUGCGGUGAUCCGUGUCUUGCCAAAUUCUGUAAAAGAUCUUGCGGAUUAUGCCCAUUGAAAUGUUACACAUGCACAGAAGUGAAGGAUGUCACAAAUUGCACUACAUAUACAACCUGUUCUGAUGCUAAUGACUACUGCUUUACAGCACAGACAUUUACGGCACAUUUUACUGAGGCUUACAGACUUGGAUGCGGCAGUAGACAGACUUGUCUUCAGUAUUCUCCAAUAUCAGCAACGUUGAGAUCCAGUAUUGAAGCCGGGUGUUGUAAUACAGACAAAUGUAACAACAAACCACCGCCAUUACUUCAUAUAACUCCGCCACAGAAUUAUUCCUCUGUCAGGACGUUAUAA